GUGUAUAGGUCCGUGCCUGGGAUCCAAACCUGCAAACCCUGGGCCACCAAAGUGGAGCGCAUGAACUUAACUACUAUGCCACUGGGCCAGCCCGUACAAUGAAUCAUUUUAAGGGAAACAUUUUCAUAACCAAACAAGUACCCAAUAUUACCUAUCCAUAUACCAUCUGUCUAUAUAUAGAGACAUCUAAUCUACCUAUCUAUAUACUAUGUGUCUGUCUGUCUGUCUAUCACCUAUUUGUCUAUCCAUCAUUUAUCUGACUGCAUCUGUCAUCUGCCUUGACCGAUUAUUUAAAAAAAAAGCUUUCCUGUGUCACUUGAAGGUUUAAGCCUCAACUCUUUCAAAAUCCCUUAAAUUAUUUAAAAGGUUGGGUAUGUCAUUCAACAUCUCUAAGUUUUUUGUUCAUAUUUUAUUAAGGAAUUGUUUCUCCCAAAGUAAUUCUUCUCCCUGAUAUGUCUAGUAUUGCCAUGUCAGACAAACCUGAGGUUUACAGAUGAUUCUUUUUUCAGUAACAAUGCUCAUUGCUGAAAAGAUUUUAUUCGCUUAACACAAAGAGAAGAGCUGACGCUUCAGAGACAUUGCCUGAAGCUGUCAUGGUGAGGGACGAACCGUUGAAUAACCACAGCUCGUCAGGGGAGGGUGCUUUCUGCGCUGGAGGACCUCACAUUUUCUCCCAUUGCAAAUCAUCGCCAGGGGCUGCUCCUGCAUGGACAUUUGCAUAUGGAAUAUAUCAUCUCCUUCCCUUAGCAGAAUCUGUACUAGGAUGAAUACCGGGUCAUACUCAGAAGAGCAGCUUCCUAUUUUAACAUGAGUUUAACCCAUAAAAGGUGUAUACCAGGUUUUAAUUUUCAUUUAUUAAUUUUUCUUCCUUCACCAUUGUUAUAUCUUGAAAAUUUUCCCACUUAUAGAAAAAUUGCAAGAAUAAUACAAUGAAUAUUUUCGUGUCCAUUACCUCAAUUCACCAACUGUUAGCAUUUUGCCACAUUUGCUUAUGUGUGCUACAUACGCUAUGCAUGCCACAUUUGCUAUGUAUAUGUGUAUACAUAUGUACUCAGGCCUAUAUAAUAUAUAUGUAUAUAUGUAAGCCCGUGUAUAAUUAAUACAUAUAUAAAUAUUUAAAAAAAUGAACCAUUUGUGAGUAAACUGUGGACAUCACGAUUCUUCACCAGGGCUAGGAUAGGAUGAGGUGAGUGAGGCAAAAAAUUUAAGGGGGCAAAGAAAAACUCAGUCAUCCAGAUAAAUAUUUUAGUGCAAUAUUAAAAAAUUCAAUGUUAAGGAAAAAAGCCCACGAUGACCAAAAUCUCAAAAAUUUUAAUAAAGACAGGCUGUUGUUUGUUUGUUUUAUGACACUGCAUAAUUGUGCAAUGAGAACAGUGUUUCCACAGCCUGCGGUUCUGGGACAUGUGGCUGUUGGGUUUAUGAGGAAUGACAAUGGCUUGCAAAUGGAUCGGACAACGUGAGCUUGAUAAAUACUCAUGUGUUUUGACUGUUGAACUUGCAUUAACUUUUUCUAUUUGGUGCAAACUGUUUACAUAGGGAUGUUCGUUACUGCCUUUGCAUCAUGCUCCCGUAUGGCUCUGUGCUGAGCACUUCAGCAUGCAUCUCCUAAGAACGCAGAGGUUCGUAUCUUCCUAACUGUGGUGCAGGAUAACAUGCAGAAAGUUUGACAUUGAUGCACUAUGAUUAUCCCAUACGGCUGUUCUCCACCGUCUGACCAGGACGGUGCAGCUCAGCCAGCCACAGCCCUGGAAUUUCCCAAGAGCGGGGAGAGCAUGGAAUUUGGACUUUUCUGAGCAACUGAAGUGGAGCGUGGAGCUUGCCCAGCCCAGGAGAGCACCAUGGAUGUCGAACCACGGGGCAGGAAUGGCAGCAAGCCCCUGAGGCCAGGAGACCCUCCUGACACCAGGCUCCUUUCAAACCCAUUGAUGGGGGAUGUUGUGUCUGAUUGGUCUCCUGUGCAUGAAGCUGCGAUUCACGGACGUCUGCUCUCUCUGAGGAACCUCAUCAGCCAGGGGUGGCCUGUGAACCUCAUCACGGUAGAUCAAGUGUCCCCACUCCAUGAAGCCUGUCUCGGAGGUCAUCUCUCUUGUGCAAACAUUUUAUUAAAGCAUGGAGCUGAGGUGAACGGAGUCACCACAGACUGGCACACUCCCUUGUUUAAUGCUUGUGUUAGCGGCAGCCAGGACUGUGUGAAUUUGCUUCUGCAGCAUGGAGCCAGCCCCCGCCCUGCAAGUGAUCUGGCAUCCCCCAUCCACGAAGCUGCUAAGAGAGGCCAUGUGGAGUGCAUCGAGUCCCUCGCAGCUCAUGGGGGCGACAUUGACCAUAACAUCAGCCACCUGGGCACUCCACUAUAUUUGGCUUGUGAAAACCAGCAGAUAGCCUGUGCCAAGAAGCUUCUGGAGUCAGGAGCAAGUGUGAACCAAGGCCGAGGUCUGGACUCCCCUCUUCACACAGUGGCCAGGGCGUCCAAUGGGGAGCUGGCCCGCCUGCUCAUGGACUAUGGAGCAGACACCCAGGCCAGGAAUGCCGAGGGCAAACGUCCUUUAGAGCUGGUGCCUCCAGAGAGCCCUCUGACCCAGCUCUUCUUGCAGAGAGAAGGACCCCCUUCUUUGAUGCAGUUAUGCCGCCUUAGAAUUCGGAAGUGCUUUGGGAUCCAGCAGCAUCAUAAGAUCACCAGACUGGUCCUCCCCGAGGAGCUGACACGGUUUCUUCUACACAUUUAAAUGUGUCAAGGGAAUGAAGUCACAAACAACAAACAUCGAGUGUUGCAGCCAUUGGAAUUUUAAAGUCAAGUCAGGUUGAGAGAGCUUGGCUAGUUUUUUCAAUUAGGGUUUUAUUUUCAAUGGAAAAACACUGGGUACUUUUGCAUUAUUGGUUGGAAGGCAUGAAGACUUUUUUCCCUCCUGCCUGGAAGAGGGUGGCUAACAUAACAACUACUGUGUUGAAUAUCUACUACAUGCCGAGCACUGAGCUAGGAACACUUUAUGCAUCAUCUGGUUUAGCCCUCUCAGCAUCCCUACCAGGUGGGCACUAGUCCCUCCCCUUCUCCAGGUGAGAUAUAAGACCAGGGAGGUCAAUUUGUCCACUUAGCCACAGCGAGGACGGGGAAGCCAGAUUGGAGUAUAGGUUUUCUUAUGCUAACCUGGGGACUUCCGAGUGAGGUACAAUUUCCCGGUAUAACUAUCCAGGCUCCAUCUCCUUUACAUAGGAAGGAAGAUAGAGAAGACGUUUCUCUGUCUACGUCUGACUUUUUUUUUAAACCUUCCCUGUUCUUGUGACAAAACCACUACUGCCCUAGUAAAGUAUAGGGGUCAGUUCUUUUUCUCAAUCAAAAUUUCAUAUAUGUAUUAGGCAUAUUCUAGAACCAUGCUGUCCAAUACAGUGGCUACUAGUCCAGUAGUUCUCACCCAGGGGCGAUUUUGCCUCCUAGGGGACAUCUGUCAAUGUCUGGAGAUGUUUUUGGUUGUUACAACUGGUGGUGGGGUGCUACUGGCAUCUAUUGGGUGGAGGCCAGGGCUGUUGCUAAACGUGCUACAAUGCACAGGAGAGCCCCCACAGCAAAGAAUUAGCCAGCCCAAAAUGGAAAUAGUGCUGAGGUUGAGAAACCCUAUACCAGCCGUAUGUGGCUAUUUAAAAAAUGUAAAUUAA